ACUCCUCCCUUGUCUUCAACACUCAGCAUUACUGCACCAAUCCUCUCCCCUUUAAAUCUACUCUAAAACCAACGCUCUCUCCCUGAAAAAGCGGGAACCAAAACCCAAAAAAAAAAGAAAAAAAAGGAAGACUCAUCAUAACCCCCACUCUUCCUCCGCUCGCCGCCAUAGUCCGGUUCCUUCCUUUCAGAUUCCGCUCUUGCAAGAAUCCUCAUCUAUCGUGCCUCAUGAUCCGCUCUUUUUGGUUCUUCGAAAUUAGAAACUAACCAAACUAAACUGAACUCUAACUUCUUACAAAAACAGAGAGAGAGAGAAAAAGCGGUUGAGGCAAUUCGCAUAUAUCGCUAUAUUUUUUCGGGUGCUGUCUGAAUCACAAACCUAAAAGAAAAAAAAAAAUCCACAUUCCGGGUCAUAUCUUUUCCAAACAAAAACUUAAAAAAAAAAAAAAAACUUACUAAAAGAUAAAGAAGUUUCUUUUUAUACUUUGUUUUUCAAAAUCCCAUAUUUCUUUUGUUUCUCUUUACAAAAGAAGUUGAUUGCUGUUGUUGUUUUUGUUUCUCUUUUACUUUUUAUUGUUGUUUUUGUUGUUGUUGCGGUGGAAGUAGUAGUUGGUGAAUGAAAUGGAACAGAAACACAUAUUGUUAUCAGCGCUGAGUGUUGGGGUUGGAGUAGGGGUGGGAUUGGGAUUGGCGUCAGGGCAAACAGUAGGAAGAUGGACAGGAAAAAACUUGUCUCAAAACGCACUGACAGCAGAGAAUAUGGAACAAGAAAUGCUUAGACAAGUUAUGGAUGGUAGAGAAAGUGGUAUCACCUUUGAUCAAUUCCCUUAUUAUCUCAGCGAGCAGACCAGGGCAUUACUGACAAGUGCUGCCUAUGUCCACUUGAAGCAUGCUGAAGUUUCCAAGUACACAAGGAAUCUUGCACCUGCAAGUCGGGCUAUAUUGCUCUCAGGACCUGCAGAACUUUACCAGCAAAUGCUUGCUAAGGCGCUAGCUCAUUAUUUUGAAACCAAAUUGCUGCUGUUAGAUAUUACCGACUUUUCUCUAAAGAUUCAGGGUAAAUAUGGCAGUGCAAUGAAAGAAUCAUCUUUCAAGAGGUGCACUUCAGAAUCAACCCUGGAGCGACUGUCUGGCUUCAUUGGAUCACUUUCAAUGCGUCCUCAGAAAGAAGAACCUAGAGGAAGAUUACGGAGGCAAUACAGUGGUGCUGAUAUUGCUUCAAGAGGGGUAGAAGGUCCUUCUGAUGCUCCUAAGCUACGAAGAAAUGCUUCUGCAGCAGCUAAUAUAAGUAACCUAGCAGCACAACCCACUCCUACAAAUACAGCUCCUUUGAAGCGCACAAGCAGUUGGUCUUUUGACGAGAAGCUUCUUAUACAGUCCCUUUACAAGGUUCUGGUGUAUGUUUCUAGAGCCACCCCCGUCGUGCUGUACAUUAGGGAUGUGGAUAAGUUCUUAUCUAGAUCGCAAAGAAUAUGUAACUUGUUCCAGAAAAUGCUGAAUAAACUGUCGGGAUCAGUGCUGAUCCUGGGUUCUCAAAUUGUGGAUUUGAGUCAGGACAGCAGAGAAUUGGAUGAGAGGUUAUUUACACUUUUCCCUUACAACAUCGAGAUAAGGCCUCCUGAAGAUGAAACCCAUCUUGUCAGCUGGAAAUCCCAACUGGAGGCAGAUAUGAAGAAGAUCCAAGUUCAGGAUAAUAAAAACCACAUCAUGGAAGUGCUGUCAUCCAAUGAUCUGGACUGUGAUGAUCUUGACUCUAUCUGUGUGGCAGACGCAAUGGUUCUCAGUAACUAUAUAGAAGAGAUUGUGGUAUCUGCUAUUUCAUAUCAUUUAAUGAAUAAUAAAGAUCCUGAAUACAGAAAUGGAAAACUAGUUAUAUCAUCCAAGAGUUUGUCCCAUGGAUUGAGUAUAUUCCAGGAAGGCAAGUCUGCUGACAAGGAUACACUGAAAUUGGAAGCACAAGCUGAAAUGUCCAAGGAAGCAGGUGACACCAUUGAUCUGAAAACAGAAACAAAAGUUGAUACCACAAAGCCCGACAACAGAACUGAAGCAGAGAAGUUAGCUUCAGGGGAUGUUCCUCCUGACAAUGAAUUUGAGAAGCGUAUAAGGCCAGAGGUCAUACCAGCAAAUGAGAUAAAUGUAACAUUUGCUGAUAUUGGUGCAUUGGAUGAGAUCAAAGAAUCUCUUCAGGAACUGGUGAUGCUUCCUCUUCGAAGGCCGGAUCUCUUUAAGGGAGGACUGCUAAAGCCAUGUAGGGGAAUCUUGCUGUUUGGGCCUCCUGGUACAGGGAAGACAAUGAUGGCUAAGGCCAUUGCAAAAGAAGCAGGAGCAAGCUUCAUCAAUGUAUCCAUGUCAACCAUCACCUCUAAAUGGUUUGGUGAGGACGAGAAGAAUGUUCGAGCUUUGUUUACUCUGGCAGCUAAGGUUUCUCCAACUAUUAUUUUUGUUGAUGAGGUGGAUAGCAUGCUUGGGCAACGGACUAGAGUUGGGGAGCACGAAGCCAUGCGGAAGAUAAAGAACGAGUUCAUGACGCAUUGGGAUGGACUUUUGACAAAGCCCAGUGAGCGCAUCCUUGUUCUUGCUGCAACCAACCGACCAUUUGACCUUGAUGAAGCAAUUAUUAGGCGUUUUGAGAGGAGAAUCUUGGUGGGACUUCCUUCCCCAGAGAACAGGGAAAAGAUAUUUAAAACUUUGUUGGCAAAGGAGAAGGUGGAAGAGGGUCUACAAUUCAAGGAGCUUGCUACUAUGACUGAAGGGUUUACAGGAAGUGAUCUUAAGAACUUGUGCACAACAGCUGCUUAUCGGCCUGUUAGAGAGUUGAUAAAGCAAGAACGAUUAAAGGAUCUGGAAAAAAAGCAAAGAGCUGCAGAAGCACAAAAGUCAGGGCAAACUGCAGAUACCAAAGAAGAGGGCAAAGAGGAGAGAGUAAUUGCGCUUAGGGCAUUGAACAUGGAAGAUUUCAGACAUGCAAAAAAUCAGGUUGCUGCUAGCUUUGCAGCUGAGGGUUCUAUAAUGAGCGAGUUGAAGCAAUGGAAUGAUUUGUAUGGAGAAGGUGGUUCGAGGAAAAAGCAGCAGUUGUCUUACUUCUUAUGAGACUUAGUGUAGAGCCAUGCAUUUAUGCAAUGCUCCAGAAUGAUAUUUAGGAGAAGCAAGAAAUGCUGAUGGCUAGGAUUCCUAUCUGGUAAACCUGUCCUCCAUGUAAUAUUAUGUAGUUUAUUUGGAAGUCUUAAUUAAUGUCUCAGGUAGACCAGCUUUAUAGCUGCUAGAGUCUAGGAAUAAGAAUUGCCGCGUCCCACUUUGAAACUUGGAUGGAUUGCUGGAGAUCAUGUUCCCUAAUGGAACUCAACCUGAGUUCUUGUGUUCUUGAUUGCCUUCUCUAAACUAAAUUAGUGCAAGUAUGUUUUAUAGUU